AUGGCUGGGCAGAUUGGCAUGGAGUACUGGCGCCAAAAUUCCAAGUGUGAGAAGGGCUUUGUUAUCCGUAACUUUGACGGCCAUGUCUUAUUGGCUGGAGCUAAGAACAUUGGUGACAACACUAUCUUGGUGGCUGAAUGUAUGUCUCUUCGAGAUGGCCUGGCGUAUGCUAUCCAUAGAGGCUGGCGCAAUAUUCUUGUGGAAGGGGAUUCUAAGCUCAUCAUUGAUUGUGCUAAUCAGGCUGCGGAUCCGCCUUGGAGUGUUUGUGCCUUAAUGAAGGAUAUAAAGCUUCUUAGUUCCCUUUGUGAUGCUCUGUCCUUUUCCCAUAUCUAUUGUGAGGCGAAUUUUUUAGCAGAUGCUGUUACUGGUUUGGGUCAUGGGCUGACCCCUUUCAAGUUGUAG